AUGUCUUUAGCAGAGUCGGCGUCCGUCAUCAAUGGUGCUUUUCAAGACAUACCCGUAAUCGAUCUUUCUGGUGCAACGAGUCCAGACGAGAGCGAGAGGAAAGCACUUGCCUAUCAGAUACGCGAUGCAUGCAUGAAUGUAGGGUUCUUCUACGUCAAGAACCACGGGAUACCACUAGAAUGCGUAGACAAUAUCCUUAAAGUUAACAAGGAGUAUUUCAGCCUUCCAACGGAGGAAAAGCUGAAGCUUAACCACAAGACCGUCGCCAACUUUAAAGGAUACACUCCGCUUCUCGACGCGAACAUCGAACCCGGAAACAGAGGGGACCUUCAUGAGGCGUUCCAAAUUGGCUGGGAGGAGCUCGAGGCAAAGGCACAUGAUGAGAAGCGAGCAAAUGAUGGUGCCAUGGCAGGCGCCAAUGUUUGGCCCGAACGUCCUGAAGAAUUUAGAGAAGGCAUGUUGAAAUACUACCAUGCAGCAAUAGCGGUGGGAAGGGUACUUUUCCCACUUUUUGCGUUGUCUUUGGACUUGCCAGAGACAUAUUUUGAUGACAAGACGAAGAACUCAGCUGCAAUUAUGAACACAUUACACUACCCUCCACAAACAGGCCCUGCAGACGAUCGUAUCGUCGGAAUCGGUGCUCACACAGACUUUGAGUGUUUCACGAUACUCUGGCAACAGCCAGGAAUACAAGCGCUCCAGGUUCUGAAUUCCCAGAAGCAGUGGAUCAAUGCCCCUCCCAUUGACGGAACACUUGUUAUCAACCUGGGUGAUCAAUUCGCUAGGUGGACCAAUGACAUUUUCAAGUCUACGGUCCACAGAGCUGUCAACAGGAAUGGCAUAGACCGAUAUUCUAUUCCCCUAUUCUUCGGGACUGAUUACGAUGUCAACAUCGAGCCUAUUGCAAGCUGCGUAUCUACCGAGCGCCCCGCGAGGUAUGGACCAGUAACGGCUGGGGAAUAUGUCAAUCAACGCUUGAAGGAAAUGUAUUACUAG